UUCCGCUGACAAUGGCAUUCCAAAGUUUCGAUGUGAAUUCGGAUCUGAAGGGACCUGAUGAUAAAUCAAAGAAAAUAAACUGGUAUUGGGCACCGGCUUUCUGCGCCUUUUGGUUUUUACUCUUCUAUGUGACAGUGAUUCCAAGUUUCUUCUCUUAUCCGGAGACUCUACGCAUAUCUGAUGAGAAGGCUCAUCCCGAUGAAUUUAUAGGAGAGAGAGCGCAGCUGCAACUACUGGGCUUGUCUUCCAUUGGCGUUAAACUAACCGGCUCUGUGGAGAAUGAGGUAUACGCAGUGAGAUUUUUACUAAAUGAAAUUGAAAAGAUCAAAUCAGCAUCUCGACAAGAUUUGUACGACAUAGAAGUAGAUGUGCAACAUUCGUCGGGUGACUUUUGGAUUUGGGGCUUGGCCACUUCCUACCACAACGUUACAAACAUUAUUGUCAAGUUGUCGCCCAAGAAAUUGACAAGUGAAUCGUAUUUGCUGGUGAAUUCUCAUUUCGAUUCUGAAGUGGGUUCUCCGGCGGCGGCCGAUGCAGGUGUGAUGAUUGUGGUUAUAUUGGAGGUUCUACGAGUGAUUUCUAUCUCUGAAAAUGAGUUGAAGAAUCCAAUCGUCUUCCUGUUGAAUGGUGCCGAGGAGAGUAAUUUUUUGGCAGCGCACGGAUUCAUUACCCAACACAAAUGGGCAACCAACUGCAAAGCUCUAAUUAAUUUAGAUUCAACUGGUUCCGGGGGAAAAGAAGUGCUUUUUCAAACGGGACCUAAUCAUCCUUGGUUGGUUAAGCACUACAUAAAAUCGGCUAAACACCCCUUUGCCACCACCUUGGCAGAGGAACUGUUUCAAAAUAAUUUCGUGCCAUCCGAUACAGACUUUCGAAUUUUUCGCGAUUAUGGCGGCGUUCCGGGUCUCGACAUGGCACAUGCUCUAAACGGUUACAUUUACCAUACUAAAUAUGAUACAUUUCACAACUUGGAGAGGGGUACCUAUCAGACGACUGGAGAUAAUGUAUUGGCUUUGGUUUGGGCCCUAGCAAAUGCCGAUGAGUUGACCAAUCCAGAGGAUCAUGCUGAAGGACAUGUGGUGUUCUACGAUUUCCUGGGUUGGUUCAUGGUAGCCUACACGGAGACAAUUGGUAUUAUUGUGAAUGUAUGCGUUUCUUGUUGCGCCAUUAUUUUUAUAUUCCUGUCGGUGUUUCUCAUGUCCGCAUUGGGUGAUAAGGAUCAAGCGAAACCGGUUUAUAUGCAAUUCUUCACUAUUAUUGGCGUUCAAUUACUCACAGUAGCAGUGGCUGUGGGCUUGACGAUAUUGAUUGCAAUUAUUGUCGAAGCUCUAAACAUUACUCAGUCAUGGUACACCCAAACAUGGAUAAUAUUCGGUCUCUAUUUUUGUCCAAUGUUUUUCGUUUUGGCCAUAGUCCCUGGAUUUUAUAUUAAAUGGCGAAAAAAUGAGAAUACAAUGCGGCUGAACGAUAUUAUCGCCUGUUUUAUGCAUGCCCACUGUCUGAUAUUGGCCAUUAUUUGUAUUAUUAUGACGGGGCUGGGCAUACGAUCGGCGUUCUUUGUCAUGAUUGCAGUGUUUUUCUACACGAUAUCAUUGAUUCUGAAUAUGGUGGUUUUCAGAUUCACAAAAAAAGAUUGUUACUUCGUCAUACACUUCUUGUGUGAAGUGAUGCCUUUUUGGUUCUAUACCUACAUGGCAUAUGUGUUUUUGACAUUCUUCAUUCCAAUGCAGGGCCGAGAUGGCCCCACUAGCAGACCCGAGCUCUUACUCUCAAUGUUCACAGUUCUAUGCACACUGCAUUUUGGGGGUUUUAUUCUACCAACCUUGAAUAAAUUCCGCAAAUCGAAGACUAUUUCUUCCAUGUUCGCCGUUAUAUGCGUUGCGUUCAUCAUCAUUGCUGCGACGCCGGCUGGAUUCCCUUUCACCAAGGACGUCACACCGCAAAGGUUCUAUGUUUUGCACACGGAACGCAUCUUUCACGACUAUGCUGGAUCGGUAGUUAAGAACGAUACUGGCUUUUAUGUUCAACCAGAGGACACUAGACCAACUAGUUUGGACGACUCUACAUUGAAGAACGCAUUGCCACAAUCUUGGAUUGAUGAAGAAUGUGCAACGGAAAUGUUGUGUGGCUUGCCGUUGUUCAGUAUGCGUUGGCGAAAAUGGAAAGAUUCAAUGAAAUGGGUUACAGCAGGAGGACCUAACCUAGUGAAACCCACUGAUCUCAAGCUGAUUUCCAAAACAUAUACCAACGAGACGCAUCUUAUAUAUUCCUUUUCCUUGAGAGCUGCCGAUCGGGUGAUUAUAAACAUUGAACCGCACGAUAAAAAUAAAGUGGUGGACUGGUCCUUUAAUAGAGGCAUGUUGGAUGAACCUGGCUAUGAACCUCCAUAUUCCGCAUAUCACUUGCAGUCUAUGGAUGACUCCCCAUUCCAAUUUUGGAUACAAAUAGAGAGGGAAACGCCCACCCUAGAAGGACCUCAUUUUCGUAUAGGCAUUGGAGCACAUUUUCUCUAUCACACGCAUACCUAUACACAAGAAUAUAAGGACUUUCUAGCAUCAUUUCCGGAAUGGGCAUAUCCAACGCACUGGACUGCAUCCUAUGAAUGUUGGCAUUUUUGA